AUGGACGUCGGCACAAGCUUAGCACCUUCAUUGGGCAUGCCUACUGUCGAUAUUACGUUGUACAACAGCAUGAUCGGUUCGUUACUAUACUUAACUGCUAGUCGACCUGACAUUAUCUUUGUUGUUUGUAAUUGUGUCAGGUAUUAUUCGAAUCCCAGGGAACCCCAUUUAACAGUUGUAAGGAAUAUUUUUCUCUUUCUCAAAGGGAUAAUCUUGUUGGGUUUGUGGUACCCUUCGAAAACAGGAUUCUUCAUUCAAGCAUUUUCUGAUGCAGACCUUGGUGGGUGUCAAUUUGAUAAAAAAAGCACUACUGGUGGAUGUCAACUUUUGGACGGGAAGCUUGUUAGUUGUCAAUCGAAGAAACAAACUUGUGUUUCGAUUUCCACAGCAGAAGUAGAAUAUGUUGCUGCUGCAGCUUGCACUUCUCAAGACAUUUGGAUACAAAGUUAA